GAUGAUGAAUUCCUCAGCUGAUAAAACACCAUUGUUUAAAUUUAUCAUAAUUGGAGAAAGCGGUAUUAAUUAAAUGAAUCUUUGAGGUGUCGGGAAGUCAUGUUUGCUAUUAAGGUAUACAAAAGACGAAUUUGUCUCUGAAUACAAUGUUACAAUCGGUGUGGAAUUCUCUUCUAAAACAGUGGAAGUGGAUUCUAAUACAAAAAUUAAGUUACAAAUAUGGGAUACAGCUGGAUAAGAGUCUUUCAGAUCAAUAGUAAGAUCCUUUUAUAGGAAUGUUACAGCAGUAUUUUUAGUCUAUAAUAUUACAAAGUAUAAUUAUAAUAUAUAUGACAUAGACGAGAUACAUUAGAGAAAUUGGAUGGAUGGUUAAAAGAGGCAAAGGAGAAUGCUUCACCAAAUAUCGUGACUGUUUUGGUUGGUGCUUAAAAUGAUUUGGAGGAUCAGUACAAUUCUAUAUCAUUUUUAGACGCCAAGUCUCAUAUGAUGAAGGAAAGUCAUUCAUAGAUGAGAAGGGAAUUAAUUUAUUUUUUGAGACGAGUGCUAAAAACAAUUAAAAUGUUGAAUUGGUAUUGAGUGAAUUCUAUUAUAUGCAUUCACCGAAGCAGCCAAAUUGGUUUUCUUAAACUAUAUAAAUGAAACAGUGCGUAAAAAUGAAAACAAAGUCUCUAUUGCAUUAUCCGAAUCCCAUGAUAAUCCAUAGCAGUAGCUACAACCAUAGAAGAAAAAGAAAAAAGAUGACUCAGGGUGUUGUUGAA